AUGACUGCUCCAGCCGUGACAUCCAUUAGCCAGCCUCUUCCCCCACUGCUGGUGAAGAAGCUUGUGGGAACUGCCCAGGCACCCACGCGCGGCUCGGCUUUUGCUGCCGGCUAUGAUAUCUACAGUGCCAAGGAGACUGUCAUUCCGGCUAAGGGCAAGGGUGCUGUCGAUACCGGCAUUGCUAUUGCUGUGCCUGAGGGUACUUAUGGCCGUAUCGCUCCUCGCUCCGGUCUUGCUGCUAAGCAUUUCAUUGAUACUGGUGCUGGUGUCAUUGAUGCUGAUUAUCGUGGCGAGGUUAAGGUCCUUCUGUUUAACCACUCCGAUGUUGAUUUCCCGGUCAAGGUCGGUGAUCGUGUUGCCCAGCUGGUUCUGGAGCGGAUCUAUACCCCCGAGGUUGCCGUCGUUGAGGAGCUCGAGGAGAGUGUCCGUGGUGCCGGUGGAUUCGGCAGCACCGGCGUUUAA